CGACUUGCAAUGUUAUUUCCGGCCUUUAAGUAAAGUUCGAACCCUCCCGGAAUUGUCACGGAUUUGUCGAUUGUCACACCCUUCACCGGAGCUGCACCCCGACUCCCCGACCAUGACAGAGCAGCAAAUUUACGACGAAACCAUGCUGGACAUUGCGCCGAUGUUGGACGAGUUUCCGAUGGACGAAUUUGACGAGGAUUUGCUAUCGCCGAUGCUGCAGGAACGGCAGGACCAGCUCGGGUUCUGUCAGGAUGGCCAGCUGGUGAUUCCUUCCUAUGGGGAGUUUAUCGAUCCGGAUAUGUUUCUGAACGGUGUUGUGAAGCGGGAAAGCGAAUCGGAUUGUUCGAGUUCUUCACGGAGGAACACGCCCUCGCCGUCGGACAGCCACCAGAGCUACGAGUCGUACCCGUCGAGCGGAUAUGGAUCCUGCCAGAGCAACAAUCCGGUGAGCAACAUUCUGCUGGACAGUCCACCGGUUUCGCCCGAGAAUCCUGGCAAUACGCCACCCCACAUUGUGACCGUUCCGGCGGCGAAUGUAGUCCGGGUUGGGACGGCACAGCUGCCGAUUGUGCAGAAACCUGCUUGCGGGACGAAUCUGGCGGAUUUGAAGAAGAUUAAGCUGCCGCCGAAGGGCUCGAUAACGAAGAAGACGAUCGUGCUGACGGCAAAAGAUUACCAGGCGCUCGUGCAGAACAUGAAGAACCAGAACAACAACGGAACAAUCCUGAUCAAGGCAACGCCAGCAUCUGCGUUUGCCGCGGCAGCUAAAGACAAACCGGUUCUGCCGAAACCUGCCGUUGUUCCGCAGCAAACGGAACCUGUGCCGGUUUUGGUCGCAGCACCGCCACCGCCGCAGCCCGUUGUUCCACCACCACCCAGGUUAGUCUCAAAUGGUUCCUCCGUUGACGAUCGAGCCCUUAAGCGGCACCAGCGGAUGAUCAAGAACCGCGAGUCGGCGUUCCUUUCCCGCGUGCGCAAGAAGGAGUACGUUACGACGCUGGAGCAGCAGAUUGACGGUUUGCAGCAGGAGAAUCAAUACCUGAAGAAUGAAAACAUUCAACUGCUGGAGAAGCUUAAGCUAAGGUGCUCUUGUGGUGCCACCACGAUCAACGCGACCACCAACAUUGCCAAGCAAAUCACGCCGAACAUGCGGAAGAACACUGCGAUUGUGCUGGCCAUGCUGUUUAUGGUUUCGUUGAACCUCGGUCCGAUUGGCAACCUCCUGUCCAGCAACGGUGACCGCACCCUGAUGGAAUCUUCCCCCAUCGAACCGCACCACCAGCGCAGUCUUCUGUGGCUCGACGAAGCCAGCAAGUUCAACGUGGACGCCCCCGCCAACGUGACCAACUUUGACGAACCCGCACCCACCCCCAUCGAAGAUUCCUUCUCCGUGUGUCCGUUCUACGUCAAUCAAACGGAAAACAUCCGGCUGGCCCGCGAGUUGCGCCGCUGGAUCGGUGAAAACGGGUACAAAAACGUAACGGAUCGCGACGGAGACGACAUGAGCAUCAGCUCGUUCUCGGAAAUGUUUGCCCUCAAGGACACCAUCGAUUCGAUGUACCGCCAGAUGCGGGACAUUAGCUCGCAGAUGGAAACGUUCAAGAAGCGCAACCGGCGGGCCGUGGCCAGCAAGAAACGAACGGCGGCUAGCAAGAAAGCGCGCGAGUUGGAGCUUUAUCAGCGUGGCAAAAAGGAUGCCGAUUUGGCGUUUUAUUACGGCGGGUUUGGGAAAAAGUACGCCAAGUUUUUCGAGGAAAUUGGACGGCGUGACGACACGUUCUAUCUGGUGUCGUUCAGUGGGGAGCAUUUGCUGCUGCCGGCGCUGGCGCAUAAUAAGACGAACCGGCCGAAGAUGUCGCUCAUGUUGCCGGCCGUCAUGGAUAAUGGAACCCACCCCUCGGACAAGGUCACGCUGAUGCAGAUCGACUGCGAGGUGAUGAACACGUCGAUGAUCCAAAUCCGCGAGAAAACCAUUCCGGGCGAUUUGCUUCGACCGUCGGCGCCGGCGACCCCGUCAAAACCGCAACCAGCCAAACGGACCGCGGACGAAUUUGUCGAACAUGGUGGCGUGCGCAACGUAAGCAGCAGCAAUAGUCGGAACGGCAACGGAAAUGGCGCCAGGAAGCACCACGCGGCCAGCAGACCGUUUUUCGUUCAACGCAUGGGGGAACAUUUGAAGGCGGAGCUGGAUUUGAAUUAGUUUAGUGUUUGUUUCGUACCUUUUUUGACUGUUUUUUGAUUUAUUUAUUUUCUAGAUGAUUUAUUUUUUUUCUACUUAAAUUUUAUGACAAAUUAAUCAUAAAAUAUGUUUGACUAUUACAAAACAAAAACUGUGACUCUUUUGGAACAUAAAUUAACAAACUGAACUAAAUUUACUGAUCUAGUAGAAUAAACUAACAUUAAACAUUUACUAACACAGUGCAAUCGAAUUCAAAUCAUCUUGCUGAAGGCUUCUAAUUGUAAGAACAACAAACUAAACCUUAAGAAAACAAAACGAACACGUUGAAUUGCACGCUAAUUAAUCCUUAAGCUCAUAUUGUUAAUCAUGUUUGAAUUAAAAAUAAAACGGGAAUCGACUGUAAUAUUAGUUCUUUAAGAAGGAGGACUGCAGCAACCUGGAACAAAAAGUUAAGUCACACAAAAAAAUCUCUCGGAAUUUCGGAUGCUAAAUUUUUACAAAAAAGAAAAUCGAGGUAGGAUUUACCACGUUAAAAAUAGCGCUUAAGUUUAAUAUAAUAAAAAAUGCAUUGUGAAAAAACACCGAAACAGGUAAAAACAUACAAUAAUAAAAGUUGAAAUGUAAUCAAGCCG